AUGAACAGAGCCAAAGAGCCAAUCAACAACUGCAACUGCCAGUUGCAGCGCAUCGCGAAUCAGCCGGAGGCCCCAGGAAGGGUCUCCCUAAGGCCCCUAAACGACAAGGAGCUGCACAAAUCCCACAAAGUGCGGAAUGUCAUCCUUGGCAAGGCUUACAAGGCCGAGUCUGAGCAAAAGGAGGAGCUGCCGGCCGACGCAUCGGCCGGCUGCACGGCCAGGGCCCUGAAGCAGCUCCUCGAGGAGCGCUGCGGCAGGACGCGCUUCCAGCAGAGGCUCCUGACACCGUGUGGUUCCAUCCUCGGGAGCAGCGAUGUCGUGGAAGCCCCUGGGGAUCUCCAGCUGGUGCUGCUGCCCUUCUGUGAGCCCACCGAGGGCGAUGCAGAACGGCUCGUGACAGCGGCAUCCGUGGGCUCCGUGGCGGAGGUGGAGGAGUGCCUCCAGCGGCCCCAAGACCCCGACCAAGUGGACCAAAGGAACCUCUCGGCCCUGCACGUGGCCGCGGAGUCUGGCAGAGAAGCCGCGGUCGCCCUGCUUCUUGAGGCGAAGGCCAAAGUGGACUUAGUUGGCGGCAGGCAUGAACUCACCCCGCUCAACCGGGCCGUGAUGUCAGGGCAGGUGGCUGUGGUGCGAUUGCUUCUGGACGCACGCGCCGACCUGGAUGCGGAGCGCGCGCGGAGGACCCCCUCGUCGCUGCAUGUCGCGGCCAAAGAUGGCUUGGUGGAGGUGGCCCAACUGCUGCUCGCUGCGCGAGCGCACGUCGAGGGGCACGCGGACGUGCCCACCCCGCUCUUCCUCGCGGCACAGCAUGGCCAGGCGGCAGUGGCACGCCUCUUGCUGCAGUCGGGCGCUGACACCUCGGUCAAGACGUUCAAGGGCGAGACGCCCCUCCUGACUGCCGCGCAGAGGGGCCACCUUGGUGUCGCGGAGGCGCUGUUGGACUUCCGGGCUGUGGUGAACGAGGCCCGAGAUGCCGACGGGGCCACUCCGCUCUUCCUGGCUGCCCUGCACGGCCGCACGGAGCUGGUGCACUUCUUCCUGGGCUCAGGCGCCGACAAAGAAAGGCGCCGGAGUGACACCGGGGCCACGCCGCUGUACAUUGCGGCGCAGAAAGGGCAUCUGGCGGUGGUGAGAUCCCUGGUGGAAGCUGGCGCCAACAAAGACGCCGCCGCAAGCGAUCACGGCGCCACGCCCCUGUACGUGGCAGCGCAGAAUGGCCACGAGGCUGUGGUGCGCCUACUGCUGGAGGCUGGGGCAAGCAGGGAUGAGGCCCGAGUGGACACGGGAGCGCGCGCCAUCCAUGCGGCGGCCCAGUUUGGGCACGAGGGUGCAGUCUCGGCGUUGCUUGAGCACGCCGCGGACCCGAAUGCGGCGUGCGUGGAGAGCGGGGCCACAGCGCUUGCCCUGGCCUGCCAAGUUGGCCACUUCGAGGUGGUACGCUUGCUGCUGCAAGCGCGCGCAGACACGGGCGCCGUGCAGCGCGAUGGGGCCACUGCCGCGGAUCUCGCAUCCCAGUAUGGGCAUGCGGAGAUCCUCCAGCUGCUGGGGGAGCCUGGCUUGACCCAGUAUGAGAUCGACGACCACGUUUCUUACAGGCUGCCUCCUCCCAUGACUUUGAGUCGACCGCUGUCAGAUGACUUGUCUCGAGUGACCUAUGCCAUGACAGCAGCAGCAGAGGCAUUCACGCAGAUCUUCAUGGACAAAUUGAAAGCUGACGAUGUCGCUGCCGCAGAAGCUGUGCAAUUGAAGCACCGGUGGCUGGCAGGCUCUCAGCUGGGCGCAGUUCUCUACCUCGAUUGCCUCGUCUGUGAAGACUCCCUGCGGUCUGGCCUUCCUCUCCUUCGCAUCCCUGCAGACUACGAGAAAUUUUUCAAUGUUCUGCAACGGAGCGAGGUUGAUGCCGUUCAACAGGGCCGCGGCACCCCAGUUGAUGACCGACCGUCACUCCGUAAUUCAUCUUCUUCCCUCACAGCCUGGCUCCAGUCCGACGCUUGCCAAAGACUCAUCCGUGAGCUGCGCUGGGCCUUGCUUCGGCCUGAGGCCGCUGCGGCACGUCUCCGAUCUAUGCAUCCCUGUGGGCGCCUGUCAGAUUCUACCAUCAUCAGCCUGCUCCUCCAACAUGGCGGUGCCAUCAUCUCCGAAACGCUGCCGUCCUGGGCCCCAGACUUACCCUCGUGGUCAGAGGCCUCCUCAGCCCUGGCAGUGCCAUGCACCUGUGUCCCGGUGCUUCCUGCACCUUUAGCCUGCUGCUGGACUUGCGGUGGGGUGUGUCUCCCGGAGCUGCCCCUUGUGCCCUUACCUUGCAUCUGGUGCAAACAGGCUGGUCCUGCUGCGUGCGUGUCCUGCAACAUCACCGUUCACUCCAGGGGAUCCUGCCGCUGGAACUCUGGUGCGCAUCGGGCCUACCACAGCUCCUCCCCAGCGCUCCAGCUGUGCCCGGAUUGUUGGUGCACUUGGGCACGCCUUCUCGCCGCUAGCCCACGCCGGCGUCGGCCUACAGCCUCACAGGAGCUACUGUCGCACCUCCGUGCUGCGGCCGAACAGUGCCAGCAAGGUGGGCUUUGGGCCUUCAUACGCCGUCACGGCGGCACGUCCGUCACUGCUCUUCAGCAGGAGCUCUGCCGUAGAGAGCCCAGCCUUGCUGACGAUGCAGCCAAUCGGCUCGUACUCUCAGCCUCUCGAGCACUGUGUGCCGAAGGCCACGCCUACUUAGAGCGAGACACGCUCUGCCCGGAUCCGGCCCUCAAGUGGAAGACGCACUGCAACCACGGCACGCGGCCCGCCGUCACUGGUGGGAGGUUCAUCGAGGGCUUGGAGCUCUUCGACAACAAGAUGUUCAAGCAGCUCGGGCUCUGCAUCCUUGAGGGAGUGCGGGGACACGUGGAUGCUCCUCUGUGCCUCCGCGCCCUCCGCGGCCUCCGCGGCCUCCGCGCCCUCCGUGCGCCGUCCGUGCGCCCCCGCGCCCUCCGCGCGCCCCCGCGUCCUCCGCGCCCUCCGCGCCCUCCGCCCCUCCGCGCCCUCGCGCUCGCCCUUGCCCUCCGCGCCCUCCGCGCCCUCGCGCCCUCCGCACCCUCCGCGCCCUCCGCACCCUCCGCGCCCCCUCCGCGCCCUCCGCGCCCUGCCCUCCGCACCCUCGCCCUCCGCGCCCUCCGCGCCUCCGCGCCCUCCGCGCGCCCUCCGCGCGCCCUCCGCGCCCUCCGCGCCCUCCGCGAGCGCGCCCUCCGCGCCCUCCGCGCCCCCGCCCAGGACACAGUGAUCAGCAACCUCGAAGCGGGCGGUAUGGAUCCCAACCAGCGCCAGGCCCUUGAGGUUUUCUACGAGACGACCCUCAGCGCCGGCAUGGACGAGAAGAAGGUCAUGAGGGCCAACAUCGGUGUCUUCAUGGGUGGCCCGGGCGGCAUGCCCGAGUUCAGCGCGAUUCCCAAGGACGACAGCGGCGGAGCCCUGGGAUCCACGAACAACUCCCCGGCCAUCAUGGCCAAUCGAAUCUCUUUCUGCAUGGGCAUCCAUGGCCCGAACUUCUUCAUCGACCUCGAAGGCUCGGCGUCGCUUAUUGCCUUCAACCUCGCCGUGGAUUCUAUCCAGCCGGACAAGGAUAGCCCCAACGACCGAUCAGAGUUCUUCUUCUGCCGACCUGCCGCGUCCGCGCCCUGGCGCGUGGUAGAUGAAAACUUGUCCGCGCAGGUCGCGCAGGCACAGAAAGGCAAGAGCCGACUCUUCGCGAUUGUGGAAGAGAUGCUUGGGUGA